UUGAUUGUUGUGUUCGCUCGCUACGUUUUACUGAGUAAGCUUUUCAGUCCAAGAAGUGUCCCGGUGAAGAAAGGUUGUAAGCAGUAAGGAACUCAGAUCGUGAAAGAAUGCGUCAGCUAAAAUAUCAUGAGCAAAAACUCCUGAAGAAGGUGGACUUUCUACGAUGGAAGAGCGACGACAAUGUCCGCGAGCUCCAGGUCUUGCGGCGAUACCACAUUCAAGACCGCGACGACUACAAGAAGUACAAUAAAAUAUGCGGCAUGAUUACAAAGCUUACCAGCAUGCUAAAGCGGCUAGACCCCAAAGACGCGACGAGGAUAGAGUUGACUGACCAGCUUUUGGAAAAGCUCUACAACAUGGGUGUCCUCCCCACGAAGAAGAGCUUGGUCCAGUGCGAUAAACUGGCCACGGCCGCGUUCUGCCGGCGGCGGCUGGCGGUGGUCAUGGUCCGACUCAAGAUGUCGGAAACGCUGCGAGAGGCUGCCACCUUCAUCGAGCAGGGUCACGUGCGUGUGGGUCCUGACACCGUGACCGACCCCGCCUUCCACGUGACACGCAACAUGGAGGACUUCGUGACCUGGGUGGACACGUCCAAGGUGAAGCGGAAGGUCCUCAAGUACAACGACAAGCUGGACGACUACGACUUGCUCAUGUAGUGUGCGUGUGUGCGUGCGUGUAGACGGCAGCUGUGGAUGUGUGCGUGGGCUGGUGUACUUCAGGCUGGUGUUGAUGCGCGCGAGUUGUCUACAGUUGCAUGUGGCCAGGACGGUAGGUAG